AGGUAACACCAUUUUCUCUCUCUUAAUCUCAAACCAUAACCCUAAUUUCAAUUUCCCCCACCAGAAACCCUUUUUCAUUUCCAUCUCUCUCUCCCUCUAGAAAAAUUAAGGGGAAAAAGAAACCCAACAACAUUCUUCGCUUACUAGCUACGCAUAUAGGAGAAUCAGUUUCCUUUCUCAUCAAAACCAAAAUCCAACCUGAAAAAACCAUCCCUUUUUCUGGUUCUUUCUCCUUCGAGAUUCAUUGGUUCUUGCCUUUCCAUUUUCUGCUCUCAAUUUUACGUUUUUCGGUUGUUUUCCCCUUUGAUUUCUAUUGGGUUUCCACUUAAUUUCAUUGGUAUUUGGGUCGAUGGCGGAAUUUGAUCGAAGUACGCAAUUUUCCGAAAAACCUAAGUCUUCCUUCUUCAAUCGUUCCCUUACCUUGCACUCCUCCUCCAUGGAUUCUUCCACCAAGAAACCCUACCUUCGAGCCUCUCUCAAUCGGACGGAUUCUGUCAAAAAGUAUUACACCCCUUUUGAAUCCAUGAAAUCUGCCGGCAAUUCCAUUAAAGGGAAGGUCAAGCAAUUGUGUAAUUUGUUUGAGGGAGCUAAGUCGUCUUCUUCGCCGUCCGAAGGAUCGCAACAUCAAAUUCAAACCAAACUCAAAUCCGCUAAAUCCUUUGCUUCUGAUUUCCGGGUUCCUUCCGUUCGAUUGCCGGGUACUGAAGAUAGAAUUGUGGUGUAUUUGACCAGUUUGCGAGGAAUUCGAAGGACCUAUGAGGAUUGCUAUGCCGUGAGGAUAAUAUUCCGAGGUUUUAGGGUUUGGGUAGACGAGCGCGACAUUUCAAUGGAUUCUGCCUACAAGAAGGAGUUGCAGAGUGUUUUGGGCGAGAAAAAUGUGAGUUUGCCUCAAGUUUUUAUUAGGGGCAAGCAUGUGGGAGGAGCUGAGGUAAUCAAACAACUCUUCGAAGCUGGAGAAUUGGUCAAGAUUCUCGAGGGCUUCCCAGUUCGAGAACCCGGGUUUGUCUGUGAGGGUUGUGGGGAUGUAAGGUUUGUUCCUUGUAUGACUUGCAGUGGGAGCAGGAAGGUAUAUGAUGAAGAUGAACAAGUCUUGAAGAGGUGCUUAGACUGCAAUGAGAAUGGAUUAAUUCGAUGUCCCGAAUGUCAUUCCUGAUUCGUCUCGAAAGGGAAGGAACAAGCCAACCGAUGUUCUUCGGUGUGUAUUUCAGAUGCUUUGUUGUUGAUAAAUAAUCACUAAACCCUCACAUUAUUGAUUGUGGAUGUGCCUACAUAAGUUUGGAGUUUGGACUCUUUGGUUAAUGGUUUAUUGUUUAGCCAAGUGUUCAUCAGUUGGGUACUGGUGUUCAUGUACUUUAUGAACAGCAUUUUGGUAAUAGUGUAUGUUAUCAAUGUGCAAAGUCGAGUCAUGUUUUUUUUUUUUUUCCUUUUGGGUUUCUUUUUUCAUUUGACCUGUUACAGGGGAGGCUAAUUCCCCUCUUAUGGGAAUGUAAAUAUCUAGUGCUAUUUGCCAACACCAAUUUGCAGAGGUUGCAAUUGAUGUAUUCUUACUAAAAAGGGUUUGUUUCAUA